GGAAGGGUCCGUGUGGAGCGGGUGGUUCUGCCACGCCCUCGCGGGGCGGGGCCCGUCCCGCAUCCCCCUUCCCGGGCAGCGUUUCCAGCCGGAGCGUUUAUGCGGCGCGCGGGGAAGGGGCGUCGGGGCCGCCAUGUCGCGGCUGCACCAGAGCAGGAUCGCGGACUUCCAGGAGGUGCUCGGCGAACCCACGGUGGCUCUGACCAAGCUCCGCGAGCUGUGCUUCAGCGGAAUUCCCUUUGAUGGUGGGCUGCGCUGCCUGUGCUGGAAGAUACUCCUGAACUACCUCCCUUUAGAGAAAGCCUUAUGGAGCUCUUUGCUGAAGAAACAGAGGGAUCUGUAUUCCCAGUUCCUAAAAGAAAUGAUUAUCCAGCCUGGGAUUGCCAAGGCCAACCUGGGUGUUUCCAGGGAAGAUGUGACCUUAGAGGAUCACCCUCUCAAUCCAAAUCCAGACAGUCGAUGGAACACUUACUUCAAGGAUAACGAAGUGCUCCUCCAGAUAGACAAAGAUGUCAGGAGGCUGUACCCUGACAUGGCAUUUUUCCAGCGCCCCACGGAUUAUCCCUGCCUGUUAAUCCUGGACCCCCAGAACGAGUUUGAGACGCUGCGCAGGCGGGUGGAGCAGACCACGCUCAAGUCGCAGACGGUGGCACGAAACCGCAGUGGGGUGACAAAUGUGAGCUCCCCUCUUAAAAGCACCCCCAGCUCUCUGAGCGAGUACGAAGUUCUGCCCAACGGCUGCGAAGCUCACUGGGAAGUGGUGGAGAGGAUCCUGUUCAUUUAUGCCAAGCUGAACCCUGGGAUAGCCUAUGUCCAGGGCAUGAAUGAAAUUGUGGGGCCUCUUUACUACACCUUUGCUACAGACCCUAACAGUGAAUGGAAAGAACAUGCUGAAGCAGACACAUUUUUCUGCUUUACCAAUCUAAUGGCUGAAAUUCGGGAUAACUUCAUUAAGAGUCUGGAUGAUUCUCAGUGUGGUAUUACCUACAAAAUGGAGAAGGUGUACUCCACCCUGAAGGAAAAAGAUGUGGAGCUGUAUUUGAAACUGCAAGAACAGAACAUCAAACCCCAGUUCUUUGCCUUCCGCUGGCUGACGUUGCUCUUGUCCCAAGAGUUCCUGCUGCCAGAUGUCAUCCGCAUCUGGGACUCCCUCUUUGCUGACGACAAGCGCUUCGAUUUCCUCCUGCUCGUCUGUUGUGCCAUGUUGACACUCAUCCGGGAUCAGUUGCUGGAAGGAGACUUCACUCUGAACAUGAGGCUGCUACAGGAUUAUCCUAUCUCUGAUGUUCAUCUGAUUUUGAAGAAGGCAAAGGAACUUCAAGAUUCCAAAUAGUCUGUGGGCCUAACAAAAGGUGUCAGAGAACUGUGUGGCAGUGGAUCCUGGGAGAUGGCCCCUUGCAGUGUGGUGCACUAAAGCUCCUACUGGUCUCUGCAAGACUUCAGGUUUUGUAAGAACUACUGGCCACCUUGAAGACUUCUACUCUAUUUAUUCGGUCAAGGACUGAUUACUUCCCUAUCUACUUGGGUCCUGCACUCCAGAUUUUUCCACAUCUCAAAUGCCUCUUUGCUGCCAAAAGCAGUUCUUUGUAUCUUUUUUUAAUGACUGAGUUUGGGGAGAAAGAAACUUUCUGUCUGCAUAUCCCUGAAGGGAUGGACUCCUGUAUUGUGGAAGUAACACACGGAGUAACUUCUGAUGGGGAAAGGACAGACUUAAGUCCAGUGAUUUUUGGUGGGUGAGGAUAGAAGGAUCUUCCUCCUGUGAAUAGAAUGUAUUCCAGUAAAGUCACACAUUCUGCCAUUCAAGUAGAUUCUGGAUUCUCCUCUCUCGUGUCUGCACUUGGCCAUCCCUGAGGCGUGUGAAGAAGAAGAUUGCAUCACUUUCUGGUGAAGGUCACCUGGCAGUUUGCACUCCUUUGACUGGGAAACAGACUUGGGAAGUUGAGGUGGGAGGACACGGUGACAUCUGGUGGCUUUGUGCACCCAAACUGCCUGAAUCCAGAACUGCCUUAUCAACGAGGUGUCCUUGAAAGCAACACUGUGGUGGUUUUAAUCCCCCCCUGAAGUGUAGUUCCACGUCAAGCCUUACUACACACAGCCUUAGAGCAGGAUUGUUGCUGCUGGGAGGCCUCGUGCUGCUCUGAACUGGAGCAUAUCCAGCUACAAUCAGGAUUCUGAAACACAAGAAAUGGACACCUAAUCAUGUGCAAUGAAGACAGAUGUAUUUAGGAGCUUUUACAGGCACAGAACUGGAGUUUUCUGCCUCAGUGGCUUAAAUAAUACUACUCCUGUUAAGGUCUGGUCACAGUAACCUUGCUGUUGCCUCACAGUACUUCUUGCCAGGAAGAGACAGUUCUGAUCUGCAAUAAGAGUCCUUCUCUAGCACAAUCCAGCAGGCAUACAGGCAUCUGUCUCGAGCUGACUGCUGGGGCUGAUCCACUGUUCUGUCCUGGUCCUGUUGGAGUCACAGUCCUGAGCUGGACACUUGUUCCUCCUGAGAGGGAAACUGCUGCACUUUCAGACAUGGUCCAGUGGGCUCAGGUGAACAGGGACUGAGACAAACCACAGGGAGAACUGCUGACCUGCCACAGUGCUGAGCUGAGCAGAAACCCUAAUCCUCAGAGAGAGAAACUGCCAGCACCCAGGUGCUUGUGUGGUGCAGAAGCUCUUGAGUGAACACUAAUCCAACAUGGUUUUCCCUUUCUUUCUGUGCUGUGCUAGUUCACCUCUGCUGUUGGACACUGCAGUCUUUGGUAUUUAUGGGUGAUGAUUUGUUAAAGGUCAGUCAGUCUUUGUAAGAUCAUCUUAAGCUGCUGCUGGCCUAGACUUGCCCUAGCAGGAGGGAUGCUGGCAGCCUUCAGCCUAUUUUACUGGUGUUAUUUCCUUCACUGACGGCCUUCACAGGCUGCUGUAACUCUCACCAGGGUGUGUGGGGAGAUGGCAGGACAGGUUGGUGCACGUUCCAUGUUCUUAUUGGCAAUCCCAAGCACUCUCUGCCUCAUGAGAAGAUGCUCGAGUACCACUUGUGCAGCCAUGUGUUGCUGCUGUGUUGCAAGAGCAAUUUAAGGUUUAAAGCAAUCUGUAAUUAAUACCUGUGGCAACAGUAUCCCUCUCUGCUGCAAUCUUUUCUUGAGGGUAUAGUUUUCCUCCAAGAAAAAUGGGACAGGUAGACCAUGACAGCAGUGUGGUGGAGCAUCCUGGCUGCUCUGGCCACUGGAUGGAUCUUCUUUCUGAGCUGUCCAGGUGGUCUUAUCAGCUCGUGGGUACCUGCACUAGGGAGGCUGUUGGCCAGACCUGGUGUGGUCAGAGAGCCACCUGGGAGGUUCUCUACAAGUGUAGAACCAGAGGGCCCCACUCUUAGGAGGCAGAAUUGUACCUGCUCCAAACACUUCUGCCUCAGAACUGCUAUAAAUACUGCAGCUUUCCCAUUCCAUACACAAACUCUGCUCUCAUCUCCCUGAAUCUGUCGCUGGGCUGUUCAUUCUGGGUACCCCUGGCACCUGCAGGGUUUCCUUAUGCUGGAAUUUCUUACUGGCAACAGGAGUGUUCCUGCUCUGAGCAGCUGGAAGUCUCCUUAAAGUAACCUGAGGAGGCAGCAGGCAAAUCAGGAAGAAAGCAUUACUUGGAAAUGAACUUGUGCACAUUUUCAGCAUAGCUUUGGGCCCUGGGGUGACCAUCCCACUGGGGAAGGCACAGGGGAGGUGGCAGCACAGGUGUGGUGCUGCCUUCUCCCUUCCUAGGUGUCCAAGGACUCGUGUUAUGUCACCUUGCUUCACGGGGUGACAGUGAGUGCUUUUGAAAGGAGUUUGCAGUGGUUUAAAGGGAUGCAAUGGGAGAUUUGGCUGCUGGAAAGGAUCUCUGGGAUGAAUUCUGUAGCCUUAUCCAAGCUAUGGCUGCCAAACCUACUGAGUUCUGUGGGGAGAGUUUGCAACAACUUUGAAACAUCCAGACAGGCUGUUCCAUACAUAAAGAGCUGUUUUAUA